UCUCGGUAUCCCAAGAUGACGGACGAAGCUGUCUACACGCAGCCAGCUCUUGGAGAUGUCAGCUUAAAGAUGGUGGAGAGAACGAUACCAGUGGUGGACUUUGCUGUGAUGGGUUUAAAUCGUGAAAAGCCUCCAACACUCAACGAAGAAUCCGUGAGGGUACUGGCAGAUCAAAUUCACAAAGCGUUUAGUACAAUUGGCUUCGUGUAUUUAACAAAUCAUGGAAUAUCUGAGAAGGAGAUUGCAGAAGUUCGCCAGGCAGGAGAUGGAUUUUUCAAUCUCUCAACUCAGGUGAAAAAGCCUUUCAUUCGACCUACUGAUGGUAGAAACUUUGGCUGGGUUUCACUUGAGAGGGAAAGCUUGAAUCCUUCUCGACCUGGUGACUUAAAGGAAGCAUUUAAUGUUUGUGAGCUUCAUGAUGAAACACAGAAGUGGCCUGAUGAAGAGGUACCAGAAUUUAAGCCUGUGGUGACUUCAUUUUUCAACAAAUGCAAAGAUCUAGCAUUUAGAAUUCUGGAUGUUAUUGGUAUUGGACUCAAUUUACAAGAUCCACACUGGUUGUCGCAAGUACAUGGUGCCAUAGGUACCUUGGAUAAUGCAACUGCCUUACGGCUAUUACACUACCCACCCCUCCCUGACAAGUAUAACAUCAAGCCUGGACAAGUGCGCUGUGGGGAGCAUAGUGAUUAUGGCUCAAUUACACUGCUUUUUCAAGAUGAGAUCGGUGGAUUAGAGGUGCUCCCAGUAGAUGGAGAAUACACUCCGGCUGUACCUAUUCCUAAAACAGUGCUGGUUAAUAUUGGAGAUCUCAUGCAAAGAUGGACAGCUGACAAAUUGAUCUCCACUAAACAUAGAGUACUUAUACCAGAAGAAGAAGUGAAGCAGAGAAUUGUACGCCGUUCUUUAGCUUUCUUUGUUCACCCUGAUAAUGAAGUCAUGAUCGAGUGUCUUGAUGGAUCAAAUAAACAUCCUCCAAUCACAUCAAUGGGAUAUCUACAACAGAGAUUUGCUGCAACUUAUUAACUUAGUCACAAAAAAUAACUCAAGGGAAUUUGUAGGUUCAUUAGAAGCAGCUCAGGGUUGAAACCAUGAUUAUAAUAAUUAGAGGUAUCAUGACACAUACCCUGAUGAAAAAUAUGGAUCCAGAAAAAUUCUGCUAUACAAGUAAACUGUG